CAGGCAGGCAGCAGCCGGGACGAUGCGCGGACGCCGCCGGAGAGCAGCCAGGCGCGCAGGUCUCAUUUUACACUCGGGUACUUGGAAGGAGCCCUAACCUGGAUGUUAGCCUUAGUUUGUGAAAGACAUGUUCUAAGGUGCUUCUGUGACCACUGGACCCAGUGGUUCGCCGUGCUACAGGAUGGCCCAGUCCAGGUCCAACGGAUCGCACUAUGCUUUGACAGCGAUAGGAUUGGGGAUGCUUGUUCUCGGGAUCAUCAUGGCUGUCUGGAACUUGGUCCCGGGAUUUGGUCUAACAGCGAAGCCCCAUUCUGCUGGAAACAGUAGCAAGAUGGAUACCGGUGGAGGAGGGUUCCACAAGAGCAAGUCGUUUUCAGUGGCGUACGUGUUGGUUGGAGCCGGGAUCUUGCUCUUGCUGUUUUCCAUUUGUUUAAAUGUCCGGGACAGGAGGAAGCAAAGGCAAAAUGGGGAGAUGACUCGGAUACAGCCGCAGGUCUCAGUUGAGCAUCAGCGCCAGGAAGACAGUCAAGAAGAUGACAGCGACACGGUCUCUCGCUACUAUGUGCCCAGUUAUGAAGAGGUUGUGAAUGCGGACUAUCCUCAGGUGAGAGACACGGACGGAGGUGCCAGAAUCAGUAUGUCUCUCCCCUCGUACGAGUCUCUCACGGGGCUUGACGAAAACACGCCGACCAGACCCCCAGCUGACGCCACGGAAGGAAGACCCAACGUAGAACGCCAGCCGAGCAGGCACAGUUCCCGUCUGAGCAAAAGACUCAAACCCUUGAAAGUCCGGAGAAUAAAGUCCGAAAAGCUCCACCUAAAAAAUAUCCGAGUAAACCUUCCCGAAGGAAAUAGCUCGGGUCGCGUAACGAUUGAGCCUCUGACCCCUCCUCCACAGUACGACGAAGUUCCCAGCAAACUUUCAGAUAGCCAGGCACAGCCUUAAGGCAACUGUAAAACACUAUUAAACGCUUGAUUUCUGGGGGUGAAGUCCUGUUUUAGGCUUUAAAAGGAGCUGGGAUACACCUUUUUUUGAGGGGGGUGAAUCUUUUUUCCUAAAGGGAUUAAGGCCUAGUUCUAAAUGGGUUGGGCAAAUCAAUGUCUGGGCUUUUGCACUUUGGAUAACAUUGUGGGUCUUUCAUUGGAUGCUUCUCCAUUAAUGUAAUAAUAAUAAAUGAAAUCCUUGCAUAUAGAAAACUAGCAGAGGCAGGAUGAAAUCACACUUCUGGGAGCCAUUGCUUGUAAUGAUGCCAGAUACAGAUUUGCUGCCUCCAGGGAGAACUAAGCCCAGUUGAAUUCUGCCAAGUCCUGUAUAAAUGGAAUUCAGAUAAACACUAGGGUGUGUUUGAUAGAA